AACAACAUUAAUCAAAACGAUCUAGGGCUUGAAGUCGUUUUGUGUUUAGUCGUCUGCAGAGAAACAAAGUCCAAACUCCCCAAACCCAAAGAACGAACCAACGAACCAACCGACCUAUAAUAUAACAGCGGCCUCAUUCGCGCUCGAUUCUCCUCCCAAAGAAUCUCCCUUUAACAGAUUUUACUUUUUCAGAUUAGUCUCGUCAGUUUCAGUUCAUCCUCACUAACCAUGCCAGCCGAAGACAUGAACCGUCGGAAAGAGAGAUUGAUAGAUGAAUCUAAGAAGAUUGUGGACAACAUAAAUGCAAUGACUUUUGCAAACUUAAAUGAUCAACAAGUGCAUUCCCUGAUGACGAUGAGAGAAAUAGCACGUGGAAUUGCUAAUAACAGAGUUGAAAAGGUUACUAAGAGUGAUGUGAAAAAGGCAUUAUCCUUCAGUAUUGAAAAGAUGGUGGGAUCAUGCAAGGAUGUCAAUAACAUUUUAAGUAGAAUACCUUGUGAUGGUAUGGAUGACGAGCAGACUCAGUCAGUGUCACGAAUGAAAGAAAUUGUUUCAAUGAUUGUUACAAGACGAGCUAAAAUUUCAUCGACUCAACGUGAACUUAUUGAAUCAGUCAGUGGAGUAGACGCAGAGACUGUGGAGAGUAAGAUGGGUGGGGCCUUGAUCCCAGCAAACAGGGAUAUAGGUAUUGGAGGGCUUCAAAGAAGAUUAUUUGAAAAUGAGGUGCUGGACGUGGGAGCUCAGGCAAGAAAUAAUGACAGCCAGAAUGAGGAGAGGGACAGUGUUAUGAAUGAGCCCACAGCCUUAGGUAAUGGAGAUGUGCCGCUUGGAGAGCAACAAAUUGUAAUGCUUGUUGAUGGAGCAGAGACUGCUAGCAAUGAGGUGCAGAUUGGUCAGGUAGAAGGGAUGAUGUUUGAUGACGUACAAUUGGUGGUGGAAAUUGAUGAUUUACAACCUGAAGAUGGUCGGAAUGAUCUGAUGGAAGUAGAUGAGUUAAGAGCCCAAGAUGGUAAUUACGAGAUGGUAGAAGCUGAUAGGUUAAGAACUGAUACUAGUCAGAAUGCGAUGGUGGAAGUCGAUGAGUUAAGAAUUGAAGAUGGUCAUAUUGAGAUGGAGGAAGCUGAUGAGUUAAGAGGUGAACAGGGUAGGAGUGAGAUGGCGGAAUUUGUUGAGCUAAGAACUGAUGAGAUGGAGGCUGAUGGGUUAAGAACUGAUGAGCAGAAUGAUAUGCAAAAAAACUUCAGUGAGACAUCUGAACCAAAAAAUAAAGAUAAUCAGAAUAAAGCGUCACUCUCACCCUUUCGACUACCUAUUGCAUGGCCCCCAGAUGGGAAAAUAACCUUAGACUGGGUGAAAAAUAUGAUGACUGCAUUUGAGCGGUCUUCAAAGAGGGACCCACCAUCAGAGUUUUGGUCUCGCAUGCCGCUUGCUGUGGUGGAUAAAUUAUUAAAUGCUGCUUCAAGUAUUCUAUCCAAGGAACCAAAUUGUGUGGCAGUUGAUUGCCAAGGAGAAGAUUCUAGGGUUGCUGUAGUGGGUGAUGUUAAUGGACAAUUCCACGAUCUACUCAAUAUUUUAAAAAUUGUUGGGCUGCCCUCUGAGAAGCAAUUUUAUGUUUUUAAUGGAAAUUAUGUAGACAGAGGAGCAUGGGGCUUAGAGGUGUUUCUGAUCUUGUUGGCUUGGAAGGUUUUGAUGCCCAAUAGAGUUUAUCUGCUACGAGGAAAUCAUGAGACCAAAUUUAGUACAUCGAUAUACGGUUUUGAGCAAGAGGUGAAAACCAAGUUUGGUGAUCAAGGUGAAAUGGUCUACAAGAAUUGUGUGGAAUGCUUUAAAGAUCUCCCUUUGGCCUCAAUUAUAGCAGGUUGUGUGUACACCACUCAUGGAGGUCUUUUCCGAAGCACACGUACUGGACCUGUACGAAGGUCUAAGAGAAAGAGGGCACAAAAUGUGGAGCUAGGCUCUUUAGAAGACUUGUCUAAAGUGAAUAGACUUCUUAUAGAUGCUCCAGAUGGAGGUCCAAAUGCAUUAUUGGGUGAUGUGCUAUGGUCAAAUCCAUCGAUGGAAGAUGGUCUAUUUGAGAGUGUAAAUCAAGGAAUGGGUCUAUCUUGGGGUCCUGAUUGCACCGAGGCUUUCUUGAAACAAUCAAAUUUAAAGUUGAUCAUAAGAUCUCAUGAAGGCCCUGAUGCAAGAGCUGGUCAAGAUGAUUUUGGAGACAUGCUAAGCGGGUACAGUAUGGAUCAUGAUGGAGAAUCAGGGACACUGUACACUUUAUUUAGUGCUCCAGAUUACCCACAGUUUGGCGAAACGAAAUAUAACAAUGAAGGAGCAUAUGCUAUACUGAAGCCUCCAAAUUUUGAAAGUCCAUCUUUCCACUCUUUCAAAGCCAUAGAAAGACCAGAGGUGCAUGGACAGACUACAACAGAUCGUUCAUCUUCAUCUCGAAGUACUUUUCCUCCUUGGAUAAGCCCUAAGGUCGACUUUGAGGCAUUGGGCAUUUCUAAUCCUCCUUCAUGGAGUGUUCCUUUGGCAGAUGAUAUAGGUGGCAUGCAAGUUGUCCAAAUUCCUAGGGCCCCUACGGUAGAAGGACUGCCUCUACCAUCAAAUUUGCAGGAGCCUCAUAAGGCUGCUUUUGAGUAUCUCUUUGAGCUUAUCGCUGCACUGAAGCAUAUGAUUUCAACUAGACAGCAGACUGAGGCUGGGGUUCAAAAGUCAGCUGAGGGGUGUGUUCCAAAUGAAGGGCAAGGGCAAAACGUGGAGGUCAACUUGAAUCAAGCUGUGAGAGGGGAUGCUCCAGAUGAAAGCCAAGAGCAAAACUACGAGGUUAAUUUUAAGCAAGCUGAGGAAGGAAGUACUCAAGUUGAAAGCCAAGGGCAAAACAAUGAGGCCAGCUUGAAGCAAGCUAAAAAAGGAAGUGUUCCAUAUGAAAGCCAAGGGCAAAACUACGAGGUCAGCUUAAAGCAAUCUGAGAAAGGUUGUGCUCCAGAUGAAAGCCUAGGGCAAAACAAUGAGGCCAGCUUGAAGCAAGCUAAGAAAGGAAGUGCUCCAUAUGAAAGCCAAGGGCAAAACUACGAGGUCAGCUUGAAGCAAUCUGAGAAAGGUUGUGCUCCAGAUGAAAGCCAAGGGCAAAAUUACGAGGUCAGCUUGAAGCAAUCUGAGAAAGGAAGUGCUCCAGAUGAAAGCCAAGGGCAAAACUAUGAGGUCAACUUGAAGCAAGCAGUGGAAGCAAGUACUCCAUAUGAAAGCCAAGGGCAAUACAAUGAGGUCAACUUGAUGCAAGUAGAGGAAGGAAAUACUCCAUAUAAAAGCCAAGGGCAAAACAAUGUGGCCAACUUGAAGCAAGCAGGGGAAAGAGGUACCCGAGAUGAAAGCCAAGGGCAAAAUUAUGAGGUGAACUUGAAGCAACCAGUGGAAGAAAGUACUGCAGAUGAAAGCCAAGGGAAAAACAAUGAGGUCAAAGCAGUGGAAGAAAAAAGUACUCCAGAUGAAAGCCAAAGGCGAAACAAUGAUGUCAAUUUGAUGCAAGCAGUGGAGGAAAGUACUCCAUGUGAAAGCCAAGGGCAAAACAAUGAGGAAGAAGGUACUCAAGAUAAAAGCCAAGGACAAAACAAUGAGGCCAACUUGAUGCAAGCAGAGGAAGUAAGUACUAAAAAUGAUAGGCAAGGACAUAGUAUUCCAGUUAAAAGCAAAUGUCAAAGUAAUAAUGAGUUCAACUUGAAGCAAGCAGAGGAAGGAAGUGUUCCAGAAGAAAGCCACGGGCAAAGUAGCCAGAUUAACAUUAAGCCAGCUGAGAAUGCCUAACAUAUCAAAACUUGUGAGACUCGAGGAAUCUUUGCUAAUUUGUUCAAAGAUUGUUUUUUGGUCUUAUACAUCUUAUCUUAUGAAAAGAAAAGUGAUUACUUUUCAGUGA